AUGGAUCAUCAAUCGGGCCAUCUCUUCUUCGAUCCUUCCGCUUGCCAUGGAAACAUGCUGUUCCUCGGAAGCGGCGGCGACUCUGUUUUCCGAGGCCAAAGAACCAUGUUGAGCAUGGAGGACACCUCAAAGAGGAGACCAUUCUUUAGCUCGCCGGGGGACUUCUAUGACGAGGAAUACUACGACGAACAGUCGCCGGAGAAGAAACGCCGCCUCUCAGCAGAGCAGGUACAUCUACUGGAGAAGAGCUUUGAGACAGAGAACAAGCUGGAGCCGGAGAGGAAGACAGAGCUGGCCAAGAAGCUAGGGCUGCAGCCCAGGCAGGUGGCCGUGUGGUUCCAGAACCGAAGAGCCCGUUGGAAGACAAAGCAGCUGGAGAGGGACUACGACGUCCUCAAGGCUUCCUACGAUUCCCUUCGCUCCAACUACGACUCUGUCGUCAAGGAGAACGAGAAGCUCAAAUCUGAGGUGGUUUCUUUGACUGAGAAAGUGGACACGAAAGAGACGACGACUGAAGUGGUGCCAAUCUCCGGGGAGAACCUCGCGCCUCCAGCGGAAGCAGCCAGCCAAUCGGUCAAUGUGAAGGCGGUGGAGGAUCGGCUGAGCACAGGGAGUGUUGGGAGCGCUGUGGUCGAUGACGACAGUCCCCAGCUUGUGGACAGUGGAGAUUCCUAUUUCCCGACCGAGUCUGACUACCCUGCCACGGCUGCCAUUGUUCCAGGGGAAACCAUGCAGUCGGAGGAGGAUGAUGGGAGCGACAACGGACAAGGUUACUACACCCACGUUUUCGCCGAGCAGCAUGAGGAGGAAGGAGAGGCUUUGGGAUGGUGGGUGUGGUCCUAA